AUGCAGACAGUGCACCCUCUGCGUGCACCUGCGCCAUUUGUGUGUGAUGCGGGGUACAUCGGAAAGACCCGGAGGCCCAACCUCUGUGCGCGAGCCGAGCAAACGGGAGGGGGACCACGCCAGCGUCGCUCCGGGCCCUCCACUCGCGUGCGGCUGAGGGGCAACGGCACCGAUCACCUGGGAUCCUCCCUCACCCUCCCCGGGACGGGGGCGAGUUUCCCGGGCCCACCAGGCACUGAGGGCCCCCCGCUGCGUGUGCUCCCCAUCGGCGGCCUGGGGGAGAUUGGCAUGAACUGCAUGCUCAUUGGCGUGGGGGACCGCUACAUCCUCCUGGAUGCUGGCCUCAUGUUUCCCGACGUGACCGACCUGGGCAUGGCCAAGCUUCUCCCCGACACCUCCUUCCUGGCCAAGUGGAAGGACAAGAUUGAAGCGGUGUUCAUCACUCAUGGGCACGAGGACCACAUUGGCGCCCUGCCCUGGGUCAUCCCUGCCCUGGACCCCAACACCCCCAUCUUUGCCCCCGGCUUCCCCAUGCGCCUCGUGGAAAGGAGGCUCAAGGAGUACAAGCUGUGGAACCCGGCGCGCGCACACACCGUGGCCAUCCGCCGCCCUUUCCAGUGCGGCCCCUUCCAGGCCGAGGCCUUCCGCGUCACGCACUCCAUCCCCGACUGUUGCGGCCUGGUGCUGCGGUGCGACGCUGGCACCAUCGUGCACAGCGGGGACUGGAAGAUCGACGAGACGCCCAUCGACGGCGAGUGCUUCGACCGUGACUUCUUCGAGCAGCUGGGGAAGGAGGGCGUGACGCUGUUCAUGUCUGACUCCACCAACGUGCUGUCGGCGGGGAGAACCCAGAGCGAGGCGGUGGUGGAGAAGGCGCUGAUGGAGCGCAUGCUGGACCAUGAGAACAAGGGCCGCAUCAUCACCACCCAGUUUGCCUCCAACCUGCACAGGCUGACGAGCGUGAAGAGGGCUGCGGACGCCGCGGGGCGCCGCAUCUGCUUCGUGGGGCAGGCCCUGCACACGUACCUGGAGGCCGCACAUCAGGAGGGGCGCGCCCCCCUGGACCCCGGCCUGCUGGUCUCCCACACGCAGGCGGAGGAGUGGGACCCCUCCAAGCUGGUCAUCGUGACCACGGGGAGCCAGGGCGAGCCCCGCGCAGCGCUGUCCAAGGCGGCGGCGAAGGCCAGCCCCCUGCUGCAGCUGCGUCGCGAGGACCUUUUGCUCUACUCAGCCAAGGUCAUCCCGGGCAAUGAUCAGAAGGCCCUGGGCGCCAUGCUGGCCAUGGACGCCUACGGCGCGGCGCUGACGCCGCUGGAGCAGCUGGCGCUGCUGAUCGCCGGCGCGGUGCACGACCUGGGGCACCCGGGCGUGCAGAACGCCUUCCUGGUGCGCACCGAGGCAGACUGCGCCAAGCAGUGCGGCGGCAAGUCGGUGAACGAGUCGAUGCACGUCGCGCUGGCUUUCGAGCUGCUGCGCCGCCCCGAGAACGACUUCAUCUGCCGGCUGCCGCCUGAGGACCGCGCCGAGUUCCUGCGCCUGGUGGAGGCCAUGGUGCUGUGCACCGACAUGGCCUACCACGCGGCCGCGCUGGACGACUUUGCCGACACGCUGGCCGAGCUGGGGCCCGACCUGGUGGCCUGGCCGGGGGAGGCGCGGGUCAAGGCGCUGCAGAUGCUGCUGCACACCGCCGACAUCUCCAACCCCGCGCGUCCGCUGCACCACUGCAUGGUGUGGGGGCGCAAGAUCCACGACGAGAUGUACAAGCAGGGCGACCUGGAGCGCGCGCUGGGGCUGGAGGUCACCGCCGUCUGCGACCGUGCCUCCGCGCCCGUGGCCUGCGGCCAGCUCAAGUUCAUCAACAUCUUCCUCACCCCCUGCCUCAAGCUGGUGGAGGGGCUGGCGCCCAACUUCGUGGCCGCAGCCAUGCCCCACAUCGAGGGUGCCGCGGCCUACUGGCGCUCCCAGAUCGGAGAGGGCGGCGAGGAGGCCACGGUCUGCGCGCCCGCCUGCGCCACCUUCCCGGGGUCGGCCGCGCUGGGGUCGCAUGAGAUUCCCGACCCCAAGCCCGCCAAGGGGGCCUGA